GGUCUUUCUGGUUAAACUACCAACCAUCAUCUAUUGCAAGUGGUUCUUGGGCACUAGGUUCCGAGGCAGUGGAGGCUGGAGGGGCCAAUGAACAAGAUAUUGGCAUGCGGUUUGGCCAUGCUAGGCUGUAUUAGUCCGAUCUCACGCUGCUAAUAAAGACAUACCCAAGACGGGAUAAGUAAUUUAUAAAGGAGGCCGGGCAUGGUGGCUCACGCCUGUUAUCCCAGCACUUUGGGAGGCUGAGGUGAGUGGAUCACCUGAGGUCAGGAGUUUGAGACCAGACUGACCAAUAUGGAGAAACCUCGUCUCUACUAAAAAUACAAAAUUAGCUGGGUGUGGUGAUGCAUGCUUGUAAUCCCAGCUACUCGAGAGGCUGAAGCAAGAGAAUUGCUUGAACCCAGGAGGUGGAGGUUUCGGUGAGCCGAGAUAGCACCACUGCACUCCAGCCUGGAGAACAAGAGUGAAACUCUGUCAAAAAAAAAAAAAUUUAUAAAGGAAAGAGGUUUAAUUGACUCACAGUUCCACAUAGCUGGGGAGACUUCACAAUCGUGGCAGAAGGCAAAUGAAGAGCAAAGUCACAUCUUACAUGGCAGCAGGCAAGAGAGUGUGUGCCGGGGAACUCCCCUUUAUAAAACCAUCAGAUGUCAUGAGACUUAUUUGCUAUCGUGAAAACAGCACGGGAAAACCUGCCCCUGUGAUUUAAUUACCUCCCACCGGGUACCUCCCAUGACACGAGGGAGUUAUGAGAGCUGCAAUUCAAGAUGAGGUUUGGGAAGGGACACAGCCAAACCAUACUAUUGGUCAUGGAAUUCUUUUUUUUUUUUUUUUGAGACGGAGUCUUGCUCUGUCCCCCAGGCUGGAGUGCAAUGGCGUGAUCUCGGCUCACUGCAAGCUCCGCCCCCUGGGUUCACGCCAUUCUCCUGCCUCAGCCUCCCAAGUAGCUGGGACUACAGGCGCCCGCCACCACGCCCAGCUAGGCCAUAGAAUUCUUAUCACUCUUUUCACCACUUACCCUCAGGCUUGGAGUUAGUGACCAGCAAUCUGACUUCCUCUGUACAGAGGGGCAACUGGGUCAGAUUCAGGGUCUCCAGAAAAAGCUGUGGCCCAGGGAUAGAGUCAGGAGGAACCCACACAGUUUUCCAGAGGAUAAGACUCUCAGUGGGGCACGGCGGCUCACGCCUGUAAUCCCAGCACUUUGGGAGGCCAAUGAGGGCAGAUCACCUGAGGUGGGGAGUUUGAGACCAGCCUGACCAAUAUGGAGAAACCUCAUCUCUACUAAAAAUACAAAAUUAGCCAGGUGUGGAGGCACAUGCCCGUAAUCCCAGCUACUCGGGAGGCUGAGGCAGGAGAAUUGCUUGAAUCUGGGAGGCAGAGGUUGUGAUGAGCCAAGAUCGUGCCAUUGCACACUCCAGCCUGGGCAAGAAGAGCUGAACUCCAUCUCAAAAAAAAAAAGACUCUCACUCCCGUUAACCAUUACCCCACUGCUUCCACAGCGUCUUCAAGGAGGCGGGACCUGGGAGGGGAUGGGUGGGAGGAUCAGCAGCUGUGAUGAACCUUGUCCCUACCCCGAGCACUGGGUUGCUGAUCCAGCUAUGGAGAAAGCUGCAGACCUGCAGGACACAGCCUCGUUAACUCUAAAGUUUAAGUUUAACCCAAAGCUGGGCAUUGAUAAUCCUGUCCUCUCCCUGGCCGAAGACCACGACCCCUAUGAUCCCUGGAGCCUGGAGCGGCCUCGCUUCUGUUUACUGAGCAAAGAGGAGGGCAAGAGUUUUGGCUUCCACCUGCAGCAGGAGCUGGGCAGGGCUGGGCAUGUGGUGUGUAGGGUGGACCCAGGCACCUCUGCCCAGCACCAGGGUCUUCAGGAAGGAGACAGGAUCCUGGCGGUGAACAACGAUGUUGUGGAACACGAAGACUACGCGGUGGUGGUACGCCGCAUCCGGGCCAGCAGCCCUCGGGUGUUGCUGACAGUAUUGGCACGGCAUGCACAUGACGUGGCCCGAGCUCAGCUGGGAGAAGAUGCCCACCUCUGUCCUACCCUAGGCCCAGGGGUCCGGCCCCGGCUAUGCCACAUAGUGAAAGACGAGGGUGGUUUUGGCUUCAGUGUCACCCAUGGCAAUCAGGGUCCUUUCUGGUUGGUGCUAAGUACUGGAGGAGCAGCUGAGCGGGCAGGGGUGCCCCCCGGGGCCCGGCUGCUGGAAGUGAAUGGGGUCAGUGUGGAGAAGUUCACUCACAACCAACUCACCAGGAAGCUUUGGCAGAGUGGACAGCAGGUGACCUUGCUGGUGGCAGGGCCAGAGGUGGAGGAACAGUGUCGCCAGCUGGGAUUGCCCCUGGCUGCACCCCUGGCAGAGGGCUGGGCACUGCCCACCAAGCCCCGCUGUCUGAAUUUGGAGAAAGGGCCCCAGGGUUUUGGGUUCCUGCUCCGGGAGGAAAAGGGCCUUGAUGGUCGCCCUGGACAGUUCCUGUGGGAGGUGGACCCGGGACUGCCAGCCAAGAAGGCUGGGAUGCAGGCUGGGGACCGGCUGGUGGCUGUGGCUGGGGAGAGCGUGGAGGGGCUGGGCCAUGAGGAGACAGUGUCCAGGAUCCAGGCGCAGGGCUCCCGGGUCUCCCUCAUUGUCGUCGAUCCGGAGGCUGACCGCUUCUUCAGCAUGGUUCGCCUAUCCCCACUCCUCUUCUUGGAGAACACAGAGGCUCCCGCAGUUCAGCAGGGCAGCAGUUCAGCCUCACUGCUUGAGACAGAGGACCCUUCACUUGAAGACACAAGCGUGCCUUCUGUCCCUCUUGGCUCCCGACAGUGCUUCCUGUACCCUGGGCCUGGUGGCGGCUAUGGCUUCCGACUCAGUUGUGUGGCCAGUGGGCCUCGUCUCUUCAUCUCCCAGGUGACUCCAGGAGGCUCAGCUGCCUGGGCUGGGCUGCAAGUGGGAGAUGUGAUUCUGGAAGUGAAUGGCUAUCCUGUUGGGGGACAGAAUGACCUGGAGAGGCUUCAGCAGCUGCCUGAGGCUGAGCCACCCCUCUGCCUGAAGCUGGCAGCCAGGUCUCUGCGGGGCUUGGAAGCCUGGAUUCCCCCUGGGGCUGCAGAGGACUGGGCUCUGGCUUCGGAUCUGCUGUAGAGCACCCCUGCUUGGUACAGACAUACUCAGGGGCUACCAUGUCUUCACUCUCCAGCCCGAGGUGGUGAAGGCAGGAUGCUCUCUCUAAGUCAGACCAGAGGGACUCAGACACCACCGAUCACAGGCUGGCCCAAGUGCUCCCUCCCUUCCUGCAGGUCCACCUCCCAGCAGAGGGUGUGGUUGGAGGCCUCAGGCAGGUCCCUGAAGGAGUCUGAGGCUCUAGAGGAUGUCAUACGGGAGUUUUGGAGAGCUGUGUCCCAAGGAUGAAGGUGUGGCUGUGGGUCUGGCUAGGAUUGAAGCCAUCUGGACCUUUUCUAGAUAUGACUCCAGGAUCCUUGAGUGUAAUGCAAAAAUUUGGAGACCAGCUAUGCCUGCCCUCUGUGCGUGCCUUAGCAUUGCGGGAGGGUGGUGCUUGGUCACUGUUGCAUUUGUUAUGGAAAUGGCUGUUCCCCAUAAACUGACUGCCUGUGUUUGUGAUGGUGGGGGUAAGGGGCAGUGGUGUGAAGGGACCAAAAGGGCCUCAGGCUCAAGGGGUGGGAUGCGGCUCCUGCAGGAGAGAGGUUGAGACCUGGUCAAAUUUCUUUCCUAUCACUGAAUCUCAGGGAUAAUGGGUCAACCCAGAACUGAGAUGUCUGCAUGAGAGCCACUCCUAAAAAUAAACAACAACAACAACAACAAAAAGAACAAAAAAAGAAGAAAACUAAAUAAAAAUAAAAAUAAAAAAGAUCCACUUCUCUCUGCCAAAAGGCCAGAGCCCACAG